GGCUUAGGGAGUAGUGCUACACCACAGUGUUGUGCUGGAACAGGCACGGCAUCGCUGAAAACCGCUAGCGGAACAAAUGAAAACGAAAACUACUAUUUGAUUUGGAUUAAUUCAGUGGCGAGACACCCAAUCGAAGCGAGAAGCUUUUUAAGAGAAAUUGGACCGACUGACGAAGAUUGGGACAUUACGCUACUGUACGAUAACACCGCCGAAUGCUUUCUCUUGCCCCGCUAAGGUUGCUGGCUAAGAGAAACGGCCGAUAAUGCACGGCAUCUGCUCUGGAGCCACACCUACUUCCUGCCUGUAGAGGAAGCGGCUGUGCCAGCAUGUCCUCUCAUCCCCAGUCUGUGCCACCGGGCCGGAGGACUGUGGACACACGGCACCUGCCAAACCCUGCCACCCUGCCACUGCAGCUGCAACGGGCACAUACGGAAGUGGGACUGGUUGACUACCACUCUCAUCAUGCCAGGGACUAUAGCUCCCACCUGGCCCAGCCCCAUCGCCGCCGGCCUUCCUUACUUUCAGAGUUUCAGCCUGGGAAUGAGAGAGGACAAGAGCAGCAUAGCCGCUAUGAGCAUAUCUACCUGCCAGAACCCAGCAGCCAAUCGGAGAUGGAGUAUGCGGAGAUCAAACGGCCUCGUUUAGAGAUGGGACCAGAGUCUCUGAUGAGGCCUUCAUCCCACCGACCACCAAUGCCUCUGGGAGGGGCUGAGGAUAUGGCAAAGGAUCGUGGAAGUUCCAUGGGGAAGCUGGAGCCAAUCUCCCCCGUGAGCCCAGUCCAUAUGGACCCGGACUUGGAUCUGGUGCCGGCCCGCUUCUCUAAGGAAGAGCUGAUCCAGAACAUGGAUCGCGUGGACAGGGAGAUCACCAUGGUGGAGCAGCAGAUCUGCAAGCUUCGCAAGAAACAGCAACAGCUGGAGGAAGAGGCUGCAAAGCCCCAUGAGCCAGAGCGGCCCAUCUCACCGCCACCCAGCGAGGCCAAGCACCGCAGCCUGGUGCAGAUCAUCUAUGAUGAGAACAGGAAAAAGGCAGAAGAGGCUCACAGGAUACUGGAGGGACUGGGACCCAGGGUAGAACUGCCUCUCUACAAUCAGCCUUCUGAUACCAAGCAGUACCAUGAGAACAUCAAAAUAAACCAGGCGAUGAGGAAGAAGCUCAUCUUAUACUUCAAGAGGAGAAAUCAUGCUCGUAAGCAGUGGGAACAGAAAUUUUGCCAGCGCUAUGACCAGCUGAUGGAAGCCUGGGAGAAGAAGGUGGAGCGCAUCGAAAACAACCCGCGGCGCCGAGCCAAGGAGAGCAAGGUGCGGGAGUACUACGAGAAACAGUUUCCAGAGAUCCGCAAACAAAGAGAGCUGCAGGAGCGCAUGCAAAGCCGUGUUGGGCAGCGAGGAGGUGGGCUGACUUCAUCUGCAGCUCGCAGUGAACACGAGGUCUCCGAGAUCAUUGAUGGGAUAUCAGAGCAUGAGAACACAGAGAAGCAAAUGCGACAGCUGGCAGUCAUCCCUCCCAUGCUGUUUGACGCUGAGCAGCAGCGCAUCAAGUUCAUCAACAUGAAUGGAUUGAUGGAUGACCCCAUGAAGGUGUACAAAGACCGGCAGGUUAUGAACAUGUGGAGCGAGCAGGAGAAGGACACUUUCAGAGAGAAGUUCAUCCAGCACCCCAAAAACUUUGGUCUGAUUGCAUCUUUUUUGGAGAGAAAGACGGUGGCAGAGUGUGUGCUCUUUUACUACCUGACCAAAAAGAAUGAAAACUAUAAGAACAUAGUGCGGAGGAACUACAGACGCAGAGGAAGAAGCCAGCACGGCCAGCAGCAGCAACAGCAGCAACAAGUGCACCGAAGCAGCCAGGAAGACAAGGAGAAGGAGGAGAAAGAGAAGGAGGGAGAGAGGGAUGAAGAAAAAAAUGAAGCUGAAGACAAGGAAGAUGGAAUGAAGGAUGACACCUCUGGAGAAGAUGCAGAGGACAAAGAACCCACUGUGGCUUUCAAAGGUCGACGCACAGCCAACAGCCAGGGGCGCCGCAAGGGCCGCAUCACCCGCUCUAUGACCAGUGAAGUGGAGGAGACCACCACACCGCCACUCAACAAUGAGCUUGCCAAUCUGGAAAUGAAUGAGAGCUCUCGCUGGACUGAAGAAGAGAUGGAAACUGCCAAAAAAGGCCUUCUCCAGUAUGGUAGGAAUUGGUCCGCCAUCGCCAAGAUGGUGGGAUCAAAAACCGUGUCACAGUGCAAGAACUUCUACUUCAACUACAAGAAGAGGCAGAAACUGGAUGAGAUUCUGCAGCAGCAUAAAAUGAAAUCGGAGAAAGAGCGAAAGGCCCGUCGUAGGGGCAAAACCCUGCAGAAUGAGGAGGCCAGUGCCCCGUAUGCAGCAGAAGAGGAAGAGAUGGAGGGUUCAGGAGCCAGUGGCAAUGAAGAGGAGGCCCCUGAAGAUGGAGAAGGUGGAGCUAACAACAGCUCUGACACAGAGAGCUUACCCUCACCACACUCAUCAGAGGACAGCAAGGCUAAGGAGGAAGGCUCGAGCAGGUCAAAGGCCAGCUCCAACAGCGGCGACAAGGAGGCAGGCGGGUCAGACAUGGGCCAGGCAGGGGAUGAGAAACCUCCUGUCAAGGAAGAUGCAGACUCAGCCAUCAAGCAGGAGAUAAAGACUGAGGCUGUGGAGCCCAACAAAGAGCAGCUGCAGCCAAUAUCACCCAGUGAUGCCACAGAUAAAAAACCUCCUACAGCAGAGACGGAGGAAAUCAAAAGCUCCACCAAGAGCUCCAAGAAGGAACAUGGGGCCAAAACGGGCUCCCAUGGGGACAGUGACUCUAGUGCCACUUGUAGUGCUGAUGAAGUGGAGGAGACCGAUAACACAGAUAAGAGCAGAAUUACUUCUCCACGGCCAAGCCUGCUGAACUACACUCAUGACGGGGUCAUAUCCUCCCCGCUGCAGAAGCCCAUGGACCUGAAACAGCUCAAACAGAGGGCUGCUGCUAUACCACCUAUUAUGCCAGAAGCCUCCAUGCAGGGCAGUCAGCGGAGUGGGGGUGGUAAGGCAGUGCGCCCUCCCCACGCCCUGGCACUCUACCAGCAACAGAUCACCAUGGCUCAUGGGGAGUCCUCUCAGGAGGUGCAGCAGCAGCAGCAGCAGCAGCAGCAGCAGCAGCAGCAGCAACAACAACAGCAGCAGCAGCUUUCAGGCCAGCCAGGCAAACAGCAGCUUUACACCACACAGGCAGACAGAGACAGGGAGGCUCUUCACAGCAGCAGCCCUCGUAUUCGCCCUCGCAGCCCCUCCACCAGUGACAAGGAUGAGCUGGAAGGCAACGAGAGGUGGUUACUGACCCUCCUGCAGGGAUUAAAAAAGUCCCGGGCUUUCUCUCCGCAUGGUGAGGCCAAGAAGCAGGCAAUGGGUCCUGAUGACCUGAGGACCUCUAACAUGGGUCGACAAGUUCUCUCCCCCUACCCCAUGUCCCCGCGAGACAUGGCCAAGAUCACUCAUGACCAGCACCUGCUCCACUUUAGCUCGUUCCAACAAGCAGGCCACCCCUCACUCUCCGGUCUGCCACAGGACAGUGGUAGGCUAGCAGCAGUGAGGCCCCUCACGAUGCCAGAGCCACCACCACUCAUUUCCUCCACCAAGCCAGGAGGCUCCAUCACACAGGGCACCCCAGUGCAGUUGCACAGCCCAGCCCAUGGGUUGGACCACGGGAAGAUGCCCCCCACACAGAUGGGCUUGUCUUGGAUGGAUCAGAGGAAAGUGGCAGGUUCUUUCCCCGUGAUAAAGCAGGAACAGUUGUCUCCUCGCAGCUCGUCCUCCCAAGCUGACAACCUGUCGACCCAGGGGGCGCCUCAUGAUAGUGCUGCUGGACGUGCUUCUAUUCAAGCUGUUCAGGGCGGUAGUAUCACUAAGGGCAUCCCAGGGACCAGAAUGCAUCCAGAUUCCUCAAUCUCCUACCGAGGGGGCUCCAUUACUCAGGGGACACCGGCCGAUGUGCUGUAUAAAGGAACCAUAACCCGUCUGAUCACAGAGGACAGCGUCAGCCGAGCUGAGAGGGAGCGAGAUGAGGCACCUUCUAAAGGCCAUGUGGUCUACGAGGGCGUCAGUGGGCACAUUGUCACUUACGACCGUGAGUACAUCAGCUUGGCUGCAUUCGCCUACGAGCGUGGACUGGAAGUUGAGGAUGCCAUCAUCUUCCUGCUCAAACGCAUCCACCUGGAUGUAGAUGUGAGGGUCAUGAUUUUUGACUUCUCCAGUGCUUUCAACACCAUCCGGCCAGACCUGCUGGGUGAGAAGCUGACAGCGAUGCAGCUCAGGGAGAUGAUAGAAAAACUGACAGAGCCACCCUCCCCUCUCACCCGACCAAGGCGAGCCCCGGACAGCAUCACCGACAUGCCCCGCAAGACAGAGCUGUCUUAG